AAAACAAAUAUGGUAGCUAGCAAUUAAAUUACAUUUAUGAUGGAUGAAUAAACUUUUUCCAAUUUCUACUACUCUUUUCCACCUGUUUUCCCUUAAACCCCUUUCCCUUGGCUAUACCCGAUAACUAGUAACUAGCUAGCUAGGGCUUUUCAUCAUCAUCAUCAUCAUCUCCCACACUUCACUGAACUUGGAGACGUCAUCUCAGACACUGUACGAAACACCAUGUAUUUGGUUUCUCGGACGUUGACAAGAACUCUCUGUUCCUCACUUUACCACCUCUCGAGAUCACCCAAACUCCCAACUCGAAAAUGGCUAAUCUCUCACCAAAUCCGCUUGUACACAGCCACCACCGGUAAAAUCAAAAUCAGGGGAGGAGGAAAUGAUCCCGCGGCGGAAUCAUCGGAGGAACAUGAAUUGGCUCGGCCGAAAAUGAUUGAGUACCAACCGGAAAUAGCGAAACAGGUUAACCUAACCGGCUUCGUGGAUCAACCGGUUCAAUUUAAGUCUUAUUCCGAUGGAAAAUCAUGGGCUGGCACGGUUAUCUCUCAACGCUCCGGUUUAAAAUCUUCUGAUUUCUGGAUUCCGAUAAUAUUCGAAGGUGAUUUAGCUAAAAUAGCAGCUUACCAUGUAAAGAAAGAUGAUAGGAUUCAUAUCUCCGGGAAGCUCUUUAUAGAUUCACCUCCUCCCAAUGUCACUUACCCUCAAUCCAAUGUCCAGAUUAUGGUUCAGAAUCUUAACUUCGUACAGGGUGCGAUCCAACCACCCCAAUUAGAAGAAAUGAGCUUCCCACCUUCUGAAAUUGAAGAACUCAGCACCAAGAAACAGACUUCAAGAAAAAUGAAGGUUCAAGGCAUGGUUGAAGAAAGUUCUGAUGAUUUGAAGCAUCUUCUUGAAAAUCCUAAAGAGUUGCUGGAUUUGGAUUAUAGUGAGAGUAAAGACAGCGGAUUGGUAAAUGAGGGAGAAGAAAUCAGCAUUCCAUUACCUGAAAUAGAAGAACUCAGCACCAAGAAGCAGCCUGCAAGAUCUAAGAAGGUUAUAGUCUUGGAUGAAGAUACCUCUAAUCCUUGGAAGCAUCUACUUGAAAAUCCUAAAGAGUGGUUGGAUUGUCGUGGGAGUAAAGCCAGCGGAUUGGUGAAACCGAAACAUCCUGACUUCAAGGGCAAGGUUGGUGGUGGUCUUUCUCUGUGGCUAAACGAUGCUCCUGAUUGGGUUUUACAGAAACUCAAUGAGCUUGAGUUUGAUGUUUUUCUCCCUAAAGGAAAAUUAAAACAACUUAAAGGAGAGGAAUUUUGGAAGGACUUGGUUCAGAACCCUGAUAAAUGGUAUGACAACAGAUCAAGAAAGACAAACGUGAAAGCCCCUGAUUUCAAGCAUAAAGAGAGCGGCGAGGCACUGUGGAUGACUGACUCUCCCACUUGGGUACUCUCAAAAUUACCGCCUCUAAAGAAGAAUCAAGAACAACCUCCCAUGGCUAAUACUAUCUCAACGCCGACACCGAAACAAGUUAAAAGAGAGGAAUCUUGGAAGGACUUGGUUCAGAACCCCGAUAAAUGGUAUGACAACAGAUCACGAAAGACAAACGUGAAAGCCCCUGACUUUAAGCAUAAAGAUAGUGGUGAAGCACUGUGGAUGACCGACUCUCCUACUUGGGUACUGCCAAAGUUACCACCUCUCAAGACGAAUCAAGAACAACCUCUAAUGGCCAAUACAGUCUCUCAGCCAACACUGCAAAAACAUAAAAGAGAGGAACUUUGGAAGGACUUGGUUCAGAAUCCAGACAAAUGGUGGGACAACAGAUUAAAAAAGACAAACACGAAAGCUCCUGACUUCAAGCAUAAGGAGAAUGGUGAAGCUCUGUGGAUGGAUAAUUCUCCAACUUGGGUACUGUCAAAGUUACCACCUUCAAAUCAAGAAACAUCAGUCAUGACAUAAGUUCGUUGUGCAGCCUUAUUGAUACACACACCCCCAUGUUGAUUUUGGUUACACUUACACACGAUGUAAAAAAGGGUGUCUGAGAUUGUUUUUACAUAUUUAAACCAGAAUUGGUGGAUAGUUGAUAAAAAAAAAAGCUGGUGGCUAGAAUCCCUCCUUUUGAAAAAGCUAAAUGCCAUAGGCAAUUUUCG